AUGCCCGCCAAGGCCGACAAGACGCCCGCCAAGAAGACGACCAAGAAGGUCGAGGCCAAGAAGUCCCGCAAGAGGACCAAGGCCGAGACCUACAAGAUUUACAUCUACAAGGUCCUGAAGCAGGUGCACCCCGACACGGGUAUCUCCUCCAAGGCCAUGUCGAUCAUGAACUCGUUCAUCAACGACGUGUUCGACCGCAUCGCCACCGAGGCCUCGCGCCUGGCGCGCUACAACAAGAAGCCGACCAUCACGUCGCGCGAGAUCCAGACGGCCGUCCGCCUCAUCCUCCCCGGUGAGCUCGCCAAGCACGCCGUGUCCGAGGGCACCAAGGCCGUGACCAAGUUCACCUCGGCCUAA